GAUGUCAUAUGACAUCCUCCCAUUCUAACCGCGCAUGUCCCUCGGACACAGCAGAUCACCGAUCAACGGAAAGAGCCAAAGAUGUCGGCUCGAUCGUGGGACAUGAGCACUGAUGAUCAGUGUGCCCUGAUGAUCUGUGCAGCCCCAGCAGCGCUACCUGUCAGUGUCCAUUAGUGCCAGCUCUCAGUGCUCAUCCAUGCCACCUGCCAGUACCCAUCAGUACCACAUUUCAGUGCCUAUCAGUGCCACUUCAAUGCCACAUAUCAGUGCCCAUCUGAGCUGCCUUUCAGUGUCACCCAUCAGUGCCAGUCAGUGCCACCUAUCAAUGCCAGUCAGUGCCACCUAUCAGUGCUGCCAAUCAAUGCCACCUAUCAGUGCCAGUCAGUGCCACCUAUCAGUGUGCAUCAGUGUUGUCUAUCAGUGCCUCCUAACAGUGCCAGUCAAUGCCACCUAACAAUG